CAACUUGCAGUAUAUGUAUGAAGUACGCGCCAUGCGAUGGAAGGAGCAGCGAAUCAAACGAUCCAAAUCGAACCCUUACUAUCCUGUAUACAAAUUACCACAUUUCUUUAUUGACGAUGAUGGAGAGUCACCACCAACGCCUAAUACUCCGUAUGAAUCAUCCUCAUGGCAAGCAUAUCGGUAUAGGCCAUGUAAGUGCUUUGAACGAGAGGAGAAUGGUUUGUACGUGAGAGUUGACAGAGUUAUUGUGUGUAGGGACACACACUGAAAGGCAGAAGCUAGUGGAAGCUAUACGAAUGGAAGCCAAAAGAUUGAUGGCAUUGGAUUAUCACGCAAGCGGUCAUCAUCAUUUAAUAUGGGACGUGGAGAAAGUGAGUGACGAGAGGUUGGAAGUCUAUUCUGUCGAUAGAAUAGACUGGAAGAGAGUCAGCAAGAUAUAUGUACCUCAUCGAACACCUACGGAAUGUAUGAUUCAAUGGACCACUCAAGAACAUCCAAAAAUCAACAAGACGCCAUGGUCAGUGUCGGAGAACAGGAAACUUAUUGAACUCGUACUGAAAAACGGUCUAUAUGGAAAUUGGGAGAAAAUUGCUGUGGAGCUAGGCACCAACAGAACAGUAUCUCAGUGUUUUUCGCAUUAUCAAUCUCAGGCUUCUCGACAAAAGGCAAAGAGGCGAUGGACAAAGACUGAGGAUCGCUUGUUAAAAGUAGUGAUAAAGUCCCUUGGUCCUAGGAACUGGCAGCAAAUUGCUCACAUAGUCGGUGAUCGAACUGGUAGCCAAUGCUUACAGCGCUGGACAAAAGCGCUAGAUCCUGCGAUCAGAAGAUCUCGAUGGGUGCAGGAAGAGGAUCAUGUUCUGAAAAAUGCUGUACAAGUAUAUGGACUUGGAAAUUGGAGAUUGGUUCAAAAACAUAUCCCUGGACGCACCGAUAUGCAAUGCAGGGAGAGAUGGGUCAACGUUCUAGAUCCUGAUUUAAAUCACUCCAAGUUUGAAUCUGAGGAAAUGGAGAAGCUGCACAAUAUGGUCAAUGAGCAAGGGCCAAAAUGGUCUAUGCUGGCUCAACACUUUCCGGGGAGGACGGAUAACCAAUUACUUCGAGCGUGGAAGAAUCACGUUUUGGAGAUAGAAAAGGGACUCUGUCUUCUCGAGCCAUCUUAUGAAAGCACCUCACUUCAUGAAAGUGAGCAAUAUAACCGCAGUGAACCUGUAUCUCCUUCUCAAUCUGUACCUGCUGAUGAAGAGCCGCACGCACCGAUUACAUCGAAGAAACCUAGUCGAAAGCCAACGCUGGCGAAAUCCAAGAGAGGUGGGGUUGUCAAGCGUAGUCGAAAAAAUUAGUGUACAUACAAUCGACCAUUGGCGCUUUUUAAAUACUGCAUACACUGGAUUAACUAUACCCAAACUGAAUUAUGACUUUAAAAGAUGUAUGUCCUUCAUAAAGCGUGCUUUAUCAACCUGACGUAUAGUGUGCUUAGAAAAUUAGUUUGUUGACGUGCCAACAACGGGC